ACACAAAAUUCCCCCAAUUUUUUUUUUUAUCUUCUCUGCAUACCCUAAUAGCAGAUCCCAGCAAGAGCCACUCUCUCUACCUUAAGAAUCGCCAUGGACUACGCUUCUCGAAGAAGUCAAGGAGGCCUAUUCGAAGGUCUCUACAGAGUCAUCAUGCGCCGUAACUCUGUCUACGUCACAUUUGUCAUCGCCGGCGCUUUCCUCGGAGAACGGGCUGUGGAUUAUGGAGUUCAUAAGCUCUGGGAAUACAACAAUGUUGGGAAACGAUACGAAGACAUUUCUGUGCUAGGACAGAGGCAAUCAGAGGAAUGAACUCAUCCUUUUCUUUCUCUUUGUGGAUGUUUUGAAGUUUUUAUUUGAGGAAUGGGUAUGAGCAUAUAUCUAUGAUGUAGCAAUGCUCAUUGUUGCAAUAAAAUGUCACUUUUUUUUUUGGGGGGGGGGGGGGGAGGGGAACGUACAUCUUUAUUAACAAUGAGUCGAUUGAUUGUCUUUGAAAAUAUUGAAUGAUUCAGAAUCGUGGAUUAUAUGCAAUGUAUACUGAUCUACUCAUUGCAUCACCAAAAUAUACCAGAUUUGGAUAUCUUGAACUAGAA